GCCGCCGGACCCGGUGACCCCGCGGGCCCAGGCCGUGGGGCGGCCUCCAGCGCAGGCAGCCCCGCGGGCGUUCGGAACGCGGCGUGACCGUGUCCUGCCUCCCUGAGCUCCCUGCCGGGCCCCAGUUCCACAGCACAGAAUAAAAGCCUCGACUCGCGGCUUUCGGUGCUCGCCGCCUUGUCUCCCAGCCCGCCCUCCGCGCUCGGGGGCCUGGUCCGGGCGAGCCCCUCGUGUUCGCGGUGCGGAACGCGGAUUGCCGUGGGUGCAGGCGGCAGCCGGCCUGCCCUGGUGGCCGGGUCUCCUCCGGGGUGUCGCUGAAGGUGGCAGGUGUCCCGGCGGCAGCUCCUCAGUGGCGGGGCUGCACCGCCAUAGGGACCGGGGGAAGGAGCUGCCCGCCUGGGUUCGCUUUCCCCCAGGUUCCGCCGCUGGUGAUUGCUCCCGAAGCCGAGAGCCUGUCUGGGAAAGCCCGAAGGCCGGCCGGCCCCGGCUGCCAGCUCCCUGGGCGGGGCGGAGCGGCUGCUGCGGGAAACGAAACUGAAACGGAGCUCGCAGCCAUCUUAGCGGUGCCUCUGCGCCGGGACCCGUCCUGCGGGUCCGCGUUCCUUUCUUUUCCCUCUAUUUUCUCAUAAAAUAAUUUGGCGUGCGGGUGAGACUGAGGUAAGAGCGGUUUUGGGUUUUUUUUUGUUUGGUUUGUUUUUUUUGUUUUUUUUUCAAAGCCCUCAUCCUAUUUUUGCCCUGCCUUUGGCUCAGGGAGCACUCUGUAAAACGGGGUCGCUGAGCAGGGGGCAGCAGUGGGACUCCUCGGAGCCGGGGAGGUGGGAACCUGUCGCUCUGCACUCAGCCUCCCCAUGUUGGUUGUAAAAAUAAGUCCCGGUGAAGGCAGCCGAGUGCAGUUGUUUAAUGAAAGUGAAAUUUAAGUUGACCUUGAGGUGUUUGGUGAAGAUGGGGAGCUCUAUAGAAAUGAGACUUGGAUCAGAAAAGCUAUCUUUGUGACGGUAGGUGCUGUAAGGAGGUCACGGAGGACGGGCAGAACGGGGACCCAGCAGUGUUGUAUCGUGUUCCGUGUCUUUAUCCUCUCCGUUUUGUAGCAAGUGUUAUCAGAAAAUUAAAAUAUGCUGGGCUGGUGUCCUUACUGUUAAAAAGCAUAUUAAUAGUUAAGUCUUAUCCCUGUACUCCAGGGGGGCAGUACGACUUUGUGUGAUAGAGUGAGAAUUGGGCUAUAAUGGAAAAAAACUUGUAUCUUUGCCAGCUGCACACCUAUCCAAUUUCUCUGCAUGUUAUCACUUUCAUUCCCCUGUUGUGUGAUGUUUUACCUCUACAGGUUACAUAGUGUCCGGGGAGGAAAAGACACUUGGCAUUUCAGACUCUUUUGGCCAUGAAUCUGAAAAUAAUUGCAAGCCUGUUGCAGCUCUGUUCUGUGUGACCAUGCAAGUUGCUCCAGCUCCUUGUGCUGCUCCAGUUCACCUCCUUGCGCUCCUUUACCUCCUCAUGCCCCCAUUUCUCAGGUUGCAAAGUAGGUCUGAGAUUCUUCUCUCCCUUGAGGCAGGGCAGCGGAGCUUGCUGUGUUUCAGGAGUGCAUUCUGAAGAGGCCGCCCAGCCCCGUGCUGGAAUCAAGCCUAACAGGAGCAGAGGGCUGCUCGUGGCAAAGCUGCUUCUUGGGAUUGACUUCACCUGCAGUUUGGGGCUGCUGGUUCUCUGCUGGGCAGACAGAGUUUGCCGUUUGUGUUUUUACAGGACUAAUUUAGACUCCUAGAAAAGUAGGAAAAAACCAGACAAGUGAGAAGAUGAAGUGCCUCAGUAGCUGGGAAGCUGUUUAAACUGCAUUUCGGGAAUGCUGUCAUUGUGAAAAGAUGUUCUGUGUUUUUUCUCCUCAGGGCAGGAGAGUGUGGAGUGAGUGGCAGCUUCUCUCCUGGCUCAUCAGCAGCCUGGUUCCCACGCGUGUCCCAGGAGUGCGCUAUGAUCAGAGGCGCUGGGCGAGGCAGAGGCUCCUAUCUCACCCAGCCAAGACAGAACUGCCCCAGCACUAACCGAGGGACAGGGAUCACACAAGGAGUGGCGCACCAGAGGCGGGCGAGCUGCGGCACCGGCAACUGCAGGCAGAGGUCAGCCCAGCUCCAGCUGGGCUGCAGGCCGGAGGUUCUCCAGCCGUCAGGAGUUCUCCAGCCAGCAUCCACGCCUUGAGACUCUGCCCCGGUAUUGCCCUUCGCAGCACCAUCGUCAGGAGAACUCCAGGAGAGAUUCUGAUGCUGUGAGGCUGAAUUUCCAAAGACUGUCUCUUGCUGGGCAAGACUAUGAGCGAGAAAUUUUGACUGUUUUGAGGCAGCUUGGGGAGGGGAGGACUUGCACGGCUAAUGAUCUGGCACGUAAACUUAAAACUACAAAGAAAGAGGUCAACCGUGUUUUGUAUAAACUCCUCAAAGAAGGCAAGUUACACAAAGAGGGAGAGACACCACCACUGUGGAGAAUUCCCAGCCCUAGUUCUGGGAGAGAAAGAAGCCCUACUGACCACAGUGCCAGUUGCACAGAUCCAGCAAAUUGUGAGAACAGAGGAGAGCGGAGCACAUUUGGCUUGGGAGACGCAGAGAUGGCUGAGACAAAGGAGAAAAUCUGCAACUACUUGUUCAGUGUGGUGGAAACAACAGCUCUCAAUCUUGCCAAAAACAUUGGGUUUUCGAGAGCCAAGGAUGUUAACGCAUUUCUUAGCGCUCUGGAAAAGCUGGGAGAUGUUCACAAGCAGAAUGCAACUCCACCACGAUGGUCCCUGACAAACAGGAAACGCGAGAGGAUGCAGAUGAGGCUGAAGGCUAGCACAGUAAUGCAGAUGGCAGAUGCCACAACUCCUGAGUCAGGUCUUCCCUCUUCCUUUGUCCCUCCGUGUCCCCCGGAGGUGACUGCAGCUUUGCCACCAGUGAUGAAAGAAGAAGAAGAAAGUGCAGAAAAUGAGCAGCAGCCUUUGGGGCAAGCUGGUCAGGGCAGUGUCGGUGACAAGGAAGCAGAUGCAUCUGAGGACACUAAGCCUGACUUCUCCAGUUUGAGUAAUUAUGAUAACUCAGAAAACAGCAAGUGGACCACAGAUGAUAUCCCAGAUAAUCUGAAUGCUAUCAGCAAGCAGCCUGAUAAGUCAGAAUGCAUUAUGGAUUCUCAGUCUUCCCCCAGUUAUGCUGCCCAGUUUGAAACUGCUUUCCCAUGUACACCUGCAGAGAAGCUGAUAGCUUGUCAGGAGAAGAACCCAGUGAGUGGCCUUACUGAAUAUUCCCAGUACACAUACCAACACUGUGAUUUCAUCAUGCUGGAGCAGAAUGGACCCUCUCAUGAGCCACGGUUUAAGUUCCAGGCAGUGAUCAACGGGCGCCAAUUCCCACCAGCGGAAGCAGGGAGCAAAAAAUUGGCUAAGCAGGAGGCAGCAGCUAAUGCCAUGAAGGUCCUGAUGAGUGAAGUAGAGAAUGGGAGGCACAGUGGAAUUAAAUGUGAGGAGCCAUUUCCCUCCAACAGCUCGGAACCAGAACUGCCUUUGCAGCUGGAGCCAGAGCUGUCAUCUGCAGCAGCUCACCUCACCCUGCUUCCUGGGAAGCAUCCUAUCAGCAUAUUAAUGGAGUAUGGUCAAAAAUCAGGGAACAUAAUUGAAUUCCAGCUGCUCUCUCAGGAAGGCCCACCUCAUGAUCCUAGGUUCAGCUACUGUGUGAAAAUGGGUGACCAAAUUUUCCCUGCUGUAGUAGGAAACAGCAAGAAGGGAGCAAAGCAAAUGGCAGCAGAAGUUGCUGUGAAGAUUCUUUCUGGAGAGUCUGUACCCCAUGUCUUGCAUGAACAGCCUGUUGUGGAGCCCCAGAGUGACCAGUCCAUGCACAAUAUCGCCACUCCAGAUGAAUCCAAAGUGGUGAAAACGAAGGGUGUUGGGGAGCUCAUCAAAUAUCUUAACGUCAAUCCUGUCAGUGGCCUGCUGGAAUAUGCUCGUUCCAAUGGGUUUGCUGCAGAGUUCAAACUCAUUGACCAGUCAGGACCUCCCCAUGACCCCAAGUUUGUCUAUCAGGCGAAGGUUGGAGGCCGCUGGUUCCCGGCUGUAACUGCACACAACAAAAAGCAGGGCAAGCAGGAGGCAGCUGAUGCAGCACUCAGAGUCCUGAUCGGGGAGUCAGAGAAGACUGAGCGCAUGGAAUGGAUGAGUGUCACUGAGCUCCCUGUGAGCGGCAGCACCCUGCACGAUCAGCUGGCCAUGCUGAGCCACCAGCGCUUCAACUCCCUGACGGCUCGCGUGCAGCACAGCCUGCUCGGCCGCAAGAUCCUGGCUGCCAUCAUCAUGAGGAGAGGAGAUAAGGGCUUGGGAGUGGUGGUCAGCAUCGGAACAGGUAAUCGCUGUGUGAAAGGAGAAGAACUAAGCUUGAAGGGAGAGACAGUAAAUGACUGUCAUGCAGAAAUAAUUUCUCGAAGAGGCUUUGUGAGGUUUCUUUAUAGCGAGCUGAUGAAGUAUGACCCAUCUAAUCCUUCCUCUGCAGAAGAGAGCAUUUUUGAGCAAGCGGGAGGAAAGAAACUCAAAAUAAAGAGCAGUGUCACCUUCCACCUCUACAUCAGCACAGCACCGUGUGGAGACGGAGCACUCUUUGAUAAAUCCUGCAGUGAUCAGGCAAACGAGACAGGACAACCCCAACAUCAGCCUCUCUUUGAGAACCCCAAGCAAGGCAAGCUGCGGACCAAGGUGGAGAACGGGGAAGGUACCAUUCCUGUGGAGUCGAGUGACAUUGUGCCCACGUGGGACGGGAUCCAGCACGGGGAACGGUUACGAACCAUGUCCUGCAGUGACAAAAUCUUACGCUGGAAUAUUCUUGGCUUGCAAGGGGCAUUGCUCUCACACUUCCUGGAGCCAGUUUAUCUUCACUCUGUUACACUCGGUUACUUGUACAGUCAGGGUCACUUGACCCGUGCCAUCUGCUGCCGUAUGGAGAGGGAUGGGAGCACACUGAAGGAAAAGCUCCAGGCUCCGUAUCACAUUAACCAUCCUGAGGUUGGGCGAGUCAGCGUGUAUGACUCUGCAAGGCAGACAGGCAAGACGAAGGAGUCGUCAGUGAACUGGUGUCUUGCUGAUGAAAGCGAAGUUGAAAUCUUGGAUGGCACCAAAGGGAAAGUAGAUGGUGUGAAGCUGGAGGUGUCUCGUGUGUCCAAGAGGAAAAUGUUCUCCCUGUUCCAGCAGCUCUGUGCAAAGAACAACCGCCAAGACCUGCAGGGCUUCUCUGUGUACUCGGAUGCCAAGGAGGCAGCCACAGCAUACCAGGCAGCCAAGCAGUGCUUCUUCAGCACGCUGGAGGAGCUGGGCUAUGGCAGCUGGAUCCGCAAACCCCAAGAGGAAGAAAAUUUCUCUGUCCUUGAUGUGUAAGGAAGCACUCUGCAAGGAGUGGGGUGUUAAUGUGCACAGGCUGUGCAUGGCUGUGCUCAUCCUUCUUUCACCACGUUUUUGGAGUGGAAUCAGGACUGUGCAGCAGUUUUCUUGUAGGCCUGGCUGCCUUGUCACUGUCACUCAGACCCUGCGUUUUUAAAAUGUGCAUGUAAAUGAUUCUCCUGUUUUUUAAGCAAGGACGGGCUCAGUCCCAAUUUGCUUUUUUAUAGUUUUGGCCCCCCCUUUAUUGUUUUUUAAAGAAGGCACGAGAAACUAGAGGAAUUUUCAAGACUGUGAGCUUGAAACCUUUGGACCACAUUCUGCAAAUCCCUCUGGCAGGUUUUGAGGCAAAUUUUCUCCUUUGAGAUUAAAAAAAAAAAAAAAUCAGGAUGUUGACUGGUUUUCUGUGUCUCUGUUGGAAGAUGACUGGCAGCCCAGCCAAGCUGGGACAAGGGACUGACCUCUGCAAUGUGCAGCCAUAGGACCAGCAUAACAUUCUGCAUUAAUAACAAAAAAGAAAGUUUCA